AGCGAGUGACAGGGAGGGGUAUGGACUGUAAAAAAGGGCAGGGCAAAAAAGGGCGGAUGGGUAAUUUCUACUGAUGUGCAUUUAGGCUGGAAAGUUAGUAUCCGUGAGUAGUAGAGGGAUUUAGACUUGAGCAGAGGCAGUCGCAAUACAUAAAAACUAAGCCACCAUGCUGAUCCUUCUCGCUGCCAUCUUUGCCCUGCACAUUGUCGCCAUUGUUAUUCUCUUGGUGGCCACUAUUGACAAUGCUUGGUGGGUGACUGACACUAUCUCCACGGAUAUCUGGGGACGCUGGAUCUUAACAAAUGGGGUGUGGAACUUAACCGAACUGCCCGAUGGUGCUCACUAUCCAAAGGACUACCUCCAGGCGGUACAGGCCAGCUCUGUGCUUGCUUGCAUAUUCUCCAUCCUGGGCAUCUUUGUGUUUAUUGCUCAGCUGUUCACUUUAACCAAGGGCAAGAGGUUCACCAUCUCUGGCAUCUUCCAGUUUCUCGCAUGCCUGUGCAUCAUGAUUGCAGCCUCCAUCUACACAGACCGCUUCCACAAGGAUGAGCAAAACGGCUCUUACGGCCACUCCUUCAUCCUGGCCUGGAUCGCUUUUGGGCUGACGUUCAUCUCCUCCAUCACUUACUUUGUGCUACGUAAAAAGACAGCAUGAUCCCAAUAACCAGCCACCACUACUGGAUGUGACCUCACAGCUCAACUAGGAGUAUUUUGGAAUAAAAGUACUGUUGUUGCCUUGACCAUGUUAGACUAAAUUAAGAAUUAUUCAUAUUUGUGACUUUAAACAUAACUGUGGUAUUUUAGAUUUGCGUAUGUAUAAAUUGUUUAUAUUGGGGUGACUUUUUAAUAGCUGGAAACCAUCACAACAAAAUGACAUUUACAAAUACUUAAAAAAUAUAAUAAAAAACAACUUUCGAUGAAUCAAAGAUUAGCUUGUGUCCAAUAUUUUUGUUUUGUUCUGUUUUUUUCAUCUGCAUUCAGGCAGACAGCAAGAUGGAUUGUUGUUUGUAAUUAAGUAUCAGGGUGUUUGUACAAUUAUACAGAGCAAAAUUUGUUUAGUAAUUUAAUUCACAUCUGUCAAAAUGUUAUAUAACUCAACUUUUAAAUAAAUCGAAGACAUUCCAACAUUUUCUUAAAAUGACAACAAAGCUGAAUUAGCCAAUUACAUGUCUGUGUUGUUUCAUUAAUGUCAUAUUUUCCACUUUGCUAUACAGCAGCAGACAGUUAAUUGUGUAUGUACAUAAAAAUGUUUCUUGUAAUGCUCUGACCUGUUCUCUUUAUACAAUAGUUUUUAAGAUAUUAAACAUUAAUAAACAAACAA